CACUCACUGCAGCGGGAAGUACUGACCAAUUGUCAGAAAGAAGGUGUGUCCUCCUUGGUACUUAGCCUAGUCUGGAAAACCGGUUUAUGCUCGGCUGACGCACAUCGCCUCUCCCUGUUCGUCCAAGGAGUCACCCAGGUUCAAGCAUGUCUAAGGACGUCCCACGUGAGCCAGAGCAGCUCCGCAAGCUGUUCAUUGGGGGGUUGAGCUUUGAGACUACAGACGAAAGCCUGAGAGCUCAUUUUGAACAAUGGGGCACCCUAACUGAUUGUGUGGUUAUGAGGGAUUCCAAUUCCAAAAGGUCCCGAGGAUUUGGCUUUGUGACCUACUCUUCAGUGCAGGAGGUCGAUGAUGCUAUGGCUGCACGCCCACACAAGGUGGAUGGCAGGGUAGUUGAACCCAAGCGUGCAGUUUCCAGAGAGGACUCCAACCGGCCCGGUGCUCACAUUACAGUGAAAAAGAUCUUUGUUGGUGGAAUCAAGGAAGAUACAGAGGAGCAUCAUUUGCGUGACUACUUUUCCCAGUUUGGAAAGAUUGAGGUUAUUGACAUUAUGACUGACCGCUCUACUGGAAAGAAAAGGGGAUUUGCCUUUGUGACUUUUGAUGAUCAUGAUGCAGUUGACAGGAUUGUCAUCCAGAAAUACCACACCAUUAACUCUCACAACUGUGAAGUCAGGAAAGCGCUUACAAAACAGGAAAUGCACAAUGUUGGAAUGGGAAUGAGGUCAGGCCGUAACAGCGGUGGCGGUGGCGGCGGCGGAAGGCCUUACGACUAUGACAGAGGUUUCAACCAGGGUGGAAGAGGGGGCAGAUAUAAUGAUGGUCCAUAUAACUGCAAUGAUGGUUAUGGUGGUGGACCUGGUGGAUACAAUAAUGGGGGCAACCGGGGCUACAACCAAGGCUACAAUCAAGGAGGCGGAGGCGGUGGCGGCGGCGGUGGUGGUGGUUAUGGGAAUGGCUAUGACAGCAAUGGCUAUGGUAACUGCGGCGGAGGUGGCGGUGGAAACAACUAUAACAACAUGGGUCACUAUGAGCCCCAGCCCUCUAACUUUGGCCCAAUGAAGAACAACUUUGGUGGUGGUGGAGGUGGCAGGAACUUUGGUGGAUAUGGCGGUGGUAACAAUGGUGGUGGCGGCGGCGGCGGCGGAGCAUAUGGACGCCCUGGACGGUUUUGAAAUUGGACUCAGUACUUAGGAGAGGAGAGCAAGGAGAGGAAGCGAGUGACAGGGCAGCUGCAGGUUUACCUCAAAUCUGCUCAGCCAAACAGUUGUGGCAGGUUACAGCUGCUGCAAGAAGAUGUACAGUAGAUAAAUCAUGAAGGGGUGUUCAUUUAAACAUUUGUGUUUCUGGAAAGCAAGCAUUCCAAUGAGGUUUUAUGUAGAUUAUUUUCCUUUUAAGUCUGGUUUUAUUUGUAUCUGCACCCAAUCAAGUUGAAAUAAAACUUUUGAGUUUUUUUUUUUUAAGUGUUGUUAGCCUUAUUGGGAAAGAGGGUUUGUUAAUUGGGAACGUUCAUUCCCACCAUGUGAGGUAUAAUCUACAUGUGAAGGCCUGCAAUAGAGCUGCAAUGCAUCAUUGUUGAGGAUCAAGUGGUGCACAAAGCAACUCUUCAUUGAGGGCCAGCUCAACAGACCACACCUUCAGUUUUGGAGUGAUCAUCUGGAGGAGGCUAGCUUACAUGCAGUCUGAGGCUAGCCAUGGAAACCAGCUGAGGGAGAGAAGUAGACCACCACCAGGAUCAUUGAAGCAGGGGAGAGUGAGAACUUGAGCCUGAGGCUAGCAAGCAGAAGCUGCAAAAGGGCUUAAUGCUGUUUGUAGGCACCUUCUAUGGGACCAAGAAAAUACUUUGCUGACAGACUACAGAUUACUUGCCUUCCAGUGAUUAUGAUCUACAGGUUUGCAGGACAGUGCUCUGACAGAAGACUGUGGACACCCCUCUUUCAAUUUUGUUUUAAAAAAUUUUUUAUAUACUUUUAUACAAAACGUUUUUAAUAAAGACAAAGUGUUUAUCCACAA